ACUUUCUGCCUGCUGACAGUUUUGGUCUGUUGUCUCCAGCUGUCCUGCUGUCAAUUAUCAUCACACCAAAGCUAAAGAGGACACUUCAUGUCUCAGCUCUUGCAGCAUGGGUCUGAUUCUGUCUGGGACUCUGCACAUCCAGGAGAGCUCUUGUGCUUCCCUGACUGGUGUCACAGUUGCUCUGUGUCUCAUCACCCUCGCCCUGAUGGCCAUCAGAGUCCAGAAGAGUCGCAGAUCCUCCUUCCACUUCCAGCUGGACCACACAGAAUACCCCUCUCCUCCUGGCCCAACUCCUUGGCCGUUUGUGGGUAAUCUCCUCCAGAUGGGGGACCAGAUGCAUCUUUCUUUAACUGGCAUGAGGCUCCAGUACGGGGAUGUUUUCAAGAUACGCCUGGGAUCUUUAACAGUUGUCAUUCUUAGUGGGUACAACACUGUCAGGCAGGCGUUGGUUCGUCAGGGAGAGGCUUUUGCGGGGCGACCUGAGCUUUUCACCUUUUCUGCCAUAGCUGAUGGGAACAGUAUGACCUUCAGUGAGAAGUAUGGGCCUGCAUGGCUGCUGCAUAAAAAGCUGUGUAAGAACGCCCUCAGGACUUUAUCCCAGGCCGAGCCCAGGGAAUCUGGGGCCACCUGCCUCCUGGAGGAGCAAGUGUGUGCCGAGGCCACUGAGAUGGUGGCAGUGAUGCGAGAAGAAGCCACCGAAACCGAAAGGAACCAUGAUGUGACGGGUAUAGAUCCAGUGACACCACUGGUAACCUCUGUGGCAAAUGUUGUGUGCGCCCUCUGUUUUGGGAAAAGGUAUGACCACAAGGACAAGGAGUUUCUCACUAUUGUCAACAUCAACAAUGAGGUCCUGAAACUCUUUGCGGCAGGGAACUUGGCAGAUUUUUUUCCCGUGUUUCGCUACUUUCCGAGCCCGUCUCUGAGAGUGAUGGUCCAGUAUAUUCAUAGAAUGAAUGGAUUCAUGGAGCGGAGGAUUGAGGAGCACAUCAGCACCUUUGAUAAGAAUUGCAUCCGGGACAUCACAGAUGCUCUGAUUGCUCUCUGUGAAGACCGAGAGGAAGAUCAGGAAACAUCUUUGCUCUCCAACGGACAGAUCAUCCACACCGUCAUAGACAUCUUUGGUGCAGGAUUUGACACCAUCAUUGCUGGUCUACAGUGGAGUCUCUUGUACCUCAUUAAGUUCCCUGACAUCCAGGACAGAAUACACCACGAGAUAGAUGAGCACAUUGGCUCAGCCAGACUGCCCAGGUUUUCUGAUAAGCCUGAGAUGCCUUUCACCGAGGCGUUUAUAUUUGAGGUGUUCCGCCACGCUUCUUACGUCCCUUUCACCAUACCUCACUGCACUACGAGCAACACCACCCUGAAUGGAUAUUUGAUUCCCAAAGAUACUUGCAUCUUCAUUAACCAAUAUCAAGUUAAUCAUGAUAAGGAUCUUUGGGGUGAUCCUGAAAACUUUCGCCCCGAUCGCUUCUUGAGUACAUCCGGAGUACUGAACAAGGAACUGACAGAGAAGGUUCUCAUCUUCGGCAUGGGAAAGAGGCGCUGUCUUGGUGAUGGAUUUGCACGUUUGGAGAUGUUCGUCUUUCUCACCACUCUGCUCCACGGGCUGCAGCUUGACAAUGUUCCAGGGCAGGAACUGGACCUCAGCACUGAGUUUGGUCUUACUAUGAAACCACGUCCAUACAGGAUUACAAUCUCCUCGAGAUUUUAAACUGUCAAAAAGCCCAAAUUCCACAGAGAAGUACAUUACUGUUGAGUUUCUGCUUCGGCAAAUGUGCUCAAAAACACAAAUGAGCAACAUCUGAGUAAUUGAGCAUAAUCUUUGCAGAGAUGGUCCGGGUCAUUCAGAGUGCUUUUGUGUGGGAAACUUUGUAAGCAUUGCAGUCUUUCAGGUCCAGCACAUUAAAAAGGAAUGUAGCUAGAAAACAUUGCCUCAUUAAAAGCCUUUAUGUAAACUUAUUUGCAGUUAAUCACUGAGUUGCUCAGAGUUGCUGAUCAGCACAUCAAUACUCAAAUAGCGUUUACGGUGUCCCCUUUGUCUCCUCUUUGUUGCUUUGGUUUUAUUCUCCCAUCUCAUCAUCCCUUUAAAUCGUCACAACACGUUUUUCUUAAUCUAAGUUACAUGUGUGGUUGCACAGCUCUCAAAUGUACUCAGAUAUUCAGUUGUAUUUUUAUUUAUAAUUGCAGACAUGUCAAAUUACCUCGGGAAGAUUGAUG